GCGUCCGAGCGUCCGCACUGCUCGUUUCCACUGCUGCGCGUCACCGAGUGUGUUUACCCGAGUGUUUGAGCGCGUGUGUGUGAGAAGGUGCACAUGGGUAUCUGAGAUGAGCGCUGUCUACACCACAAAGGAAUAAAGUCUGGCAGGUUGUUUUCCUUUUUUUUCCCCCUUUCCUCCAAAAGAUAAAAGGAAGGAGUGAUUGACUGGAAGGAGUUGCUGAAGCCCGUCUGUUCUCGAACCCCUAAAAACAGUGUUUGAUUUUCAGAUUUUUUUUUUUUCAGGUUGAAUUGUUUACUCCUCUACCUCUAGAGUGCUUUUUUUUUUUUCUACUUCCACCACGGGGAACCGAGAGGUGUCUCGAGGACUGCUUGCACAGGCAUUCCAACAAAAGCAGUAACAAUUUAGUCGUUUUGCUUUUCUCCUCUAUUUUGAUCUGUCAUUUCAUGUGCAGACAGGAUGGACACCUCACUUUUAUCAGAGAUAGACUACAAUCAAACCUUUGUGGAUGAGCACUUGUAUUUGGAAGACUAUAUUGAUGGCUUCGGCAUCACCAUGGCCGUCCUCUACGUGGUGGUUUGCAUCCUGGGACUGGCCGGUAAUUCGCUGGUCAUUGCUGCCAUUUUGAAAUUGGACAAGAUGUCUUCAUCCACGACGGUGUACAUUUUCAACCUGGCCCUGGCUGACGGACUCUUCAUGGUCGGUCUGCCCUUCAUAGCGAGCCAGAACUUCCAGAAUCACUGGAUGUUCGGCGACACGGCGUGCAAAGUGGUCAUGGUGCUGGACGGCAUCAACCAGUUCACGAGCGUCUUCUGCCUGACGGUGAUGAGCAUCGACCGGUACAUGGCGCUGGCCAACCCGCUCCAGUUUGCCCGCUGGAGAACGCCACGCUGCGCCAAGAUCGUGUCGGCUUUCUUGUGGCUGUUCUCGCUCCUCACCAUCCUUCCCAUGGCGCUUCAAUUCUCGGCCGAUCGAGGCCUGUGUAUACCAAACAUCGUUUCAGACGCCUGGUGGCUUGGCGUCUUGUCCUACACCUUUGUCAUGGGCUUUGCCUUGCCUUUCACAGUCAUGACGGCCUCCUACACGGCGCUGCUGGUCACUCUGAGGUCCCAGCGGCUCAGGGCGACGACGCCGAACCACGAGAGCCACCGGCUGGAGAGCCAGGUCACCAAAAUGGUGGUUGCGGUGGUGGUGGUGUUCGGGGUUUGCUGGCUGCCAUUUUACACCUUCAACUUCUACUCCCUGUUUCAAAGUAUCCUGGUCCUGACCUUAGCCAGAGCUUUUGAUUUUGUGGUCCUGCUGUCGUACUCUUGGAGCUGCGCUAACCCCAUCCUCUACGCCUGCCUCUCCGACACCUUCAGGAAACACUUCCGCACGCUCCUCUGCCCCGCCGCCAAGUCGUCUCCCAGCAUGCAGUGCAACACUGAACGGUAUGACAUAAAUGACACAGGCGUGCGGGAUGUGACCUUUCUGGCGUAGAGAGAAGAUGAAAAACUUUCCCACCAUUUUACUCUAUUUCCAUUACUCCAUGUUGCACUGCAUGAUACUUAUUUACUCUUGGUUUGUAGAAAUGUGGUCAAUUCUGAUUUUGUUUUUUUUUUGUUUUUUUGUAUGUCUCCAGUUAACUUGGAAUAUAUUGAGGGGACAUCAUUUGCCUCCAAGAACAAAGUUGGACAUAUUUUUUGUUGAUAUUCCUGUCCAAGUCGAUCAUAUACGCUGUCGUUCUGACUGUACAGUGUGUGGUUCGGUCUGUUAGCAAACAGUCGCUAAUGUGAUGAUGUCAUAGCUUUGUGACCAGCGCUGGUGGAACAUAAAUGUUACCCCAGGAAACCAUCACUUUAACCCACACAAAGUCCACAUUCAGAGUGCACUUUUCACUUUUACAAUGAGUUCAUUCCUUAUUCCUGCCUCUGCUGACAUUACAAAGACAUGUGAUUGGUCGGUCGUAUGGAUGGUCCUGGAACAACAUCGAUUAUGCAAACAGUGUCAUUCAAUUGGACUUUCCAUGACGCCCACAUUUUCUGACAAGUCCCCCUCUUGACACAGUACAGACCCGCCUCCUGCUCUCUCAAACUUGUAUAAUGUGCCUUCUAAUGACCCAGGCGACUGAGGUGGCCUUGCUCUGCCGCAUCUCUUGUUAUCCUGCGUUUCAGCAGAACUAAUGAAAUGAGGCACAAGAGGGAUGAAGUGUGGAUAGGUGGAGUGUAAACAGAACGUGGAUCGCAUGCCUGUGGCCGAACACCAGCACAAACACACACACAAACACACACACACACACACAGAGGCAGCCCCUCCACCGCCACAGCUGGAUUAUGUCCCGAUGCCUCUGUGUGUAGAUGUGUCGGAUGUGCGUGUUUGUGCCUGGGUGGCCAUGCACCUGUACUCAUGCAUGCUGGGAACCCUGCAUGCCGCGGGCUUACUGUGGUAUUCUGCUUGAUCCUGAUUCACUUAAGAGGAUUUCCAAAAGAUACAAGGUGAACAAGUAUACUCACUUUAUUUGCUGAGGUUAUUCCUACAGUAUGAAGUGAGCGAAAAAAAACCAACCUACCAGCACUUAUUUUGUGUUAAAGCGAGCGUCAUAAUCUUUUUUUUUUUUUUUUCCCUAAAUUGCUCCAAAAUGGAUUAUGGCACUCCAGUUUUUUGUUUUUUUUUUCCUUCUUCUUGUGGCUGUAAAUCCCUGAAAUGUCACCAACUGAGAGAUGCGAAAGCAGUGUGGGUUUAGCUUGAUGAAAAUGCAAUUUGAAGUCGUGAUGGAAAAAUUGAAAAAAAAAAAAAAAAGCCUCUGUGUGUCACACAGCGGCACCCAAACAAUUUCAAUCACCUGAAUGCAAGCAGUGGUUUCCAUGUAAGAGCAGCGACAUGACUCUUAGGGACAUCGCUUUGGAUUUGAAGACCCCCUUUUCUCCGGGGUGGACACAUAAACAAGUAAAUAAAACAGGCAUAAACUCACCCAAGAUAGAUUUGGCAUUUAACGAAACAAGAGAUGCAUGAACAGAGCCAAAUGUUUUGCACAGAGACUCUAGAAAAUCUGAACAGAAGGCAGGCAGUUCAUAUUUAUCAGAGCAGAUGUUGUCUGUCAAUAUGUAAUCACGAAAAAAUGAUGCCUGUAUACGUCUGUACUUAGUUGAAACAAGCUUCCAGUGUCAGAAUAUGUACCAGAGACGCAAGUGCCUCGUUUCAAAACUUGUUGUCAGCGUCUCACAUUUAACGCAUGUUUUGCAAAGCCAGUUAUGUAAUCAGUUUCAUUAAGACUGCUAAACAAGACAUGGAACGCAUAUAGGCACUCUCUCUAUAUAUACUGUAUAUAUGAUCAUUAUCAGAUGCCAUUAUUGACUGUAAAUAAAUAAAGUUUCUUGCCUUA